UUAAUAAUCUUCACACAUGCUGCGCCUUUCAUGUUAUUUUUAGCCGGUUUCAGGAUUCGCUUUCUGUUUUGAUGAUAACAAAUGUUUAUUGGGGGCGGGUGAGAUUAAUGUUUGGGAUUGAAAAUUUUUUUUUUGAGAAGAGAAAUAACCGAUGCUUUACGUAUUCGCCUUUUAAAACCCUGCCAAUACCACAGGCCGAUGGAGCUAACUUUUCUAUAGUUUUUUUUUGCUAUAUAUUUUUUAACAUCCCAAUUUUAAGGUUGGCCUGUUUUUUGUGGAGGAUAUUGUUCCAGUUCUCUGAGGUAGACAGAUGCCUGUGGAGUUACUUUCUGACCACGUAUGGGAAUGCGGGCGUUGAGGAUUAAUAUUGAUAUCGUGGCGAGAGAAGAUCUAAAAUUCCAGCUCUGUUAAUUCUGACAGGUGAUAUACUUGUUGUGCCUAUUACAUUUUUGGCCCACUGUUGAUUGCCUUGGAGGAAGAGGGAGCGUGUCAACAGUGACGUUAUUCUACAGAAAAGGAAAGAAAAAAUCGCAACUCGAUCCACACAAAAUGUGACAACCCCUCCUCUACAUGCAUGUGAGCUUGAUUUUUUUUGGGUGCCUUGCAUCGAAGAAUCCCACGAUAUAAACUCGCCCAGUGCUGAGGCUGUUCCUUAAUCAUGAUGUUUCGAGAUCAAGUCGGCGUUCUUGCAGGAUGGUUUAAAGGGUGGAAUGAAUGUGAACAAACUGUAGCUUUGUUGUCUCUAUUGAAACGAGUGAGCCGGACACAGGCUCGUUUCCUUCAGAUUUGUCUAGAGCAUUCUUUGUCCGAUUGCACCGAGCUUCAUAUUCUCGAGGGAGAGGCAAAUGAUCCCGCAUUCAUUAACCAAUGGCAUCAAGAAUCCAAGGACAAAGUAAUGAUGCUUUUACUGACCCAUCUCCCAUUGUUGAAGCCAGGAAAUAUUGAUGCAAAAAUGGAAUACAUGAAGCUUUUACCUAAAAUCCUGGCACAUUCAAUUGAGAACAAUCAGCACAUAGAGGAAAGCAGACAACUCUUAUCCUAUGCUUUGAUCCAUCCAGCCACCUCAUUGGAGGACAGAAAUGCACUAGCCAUGUGGCUCAACCAUUUAGAGGACCGCACCUCUAACUAUGGAAACCAGACCAGAGGACGUCCAGAUUCAAUGGAUUUUGGGCAAACUCUUUAUUAUCACCAAAGACAGAACUCUGAUGACAAGCUCAAUGGUUGGCAGAGUCUACGUGAUUCUGGGAUCUGUGUGUCUGCUUCUAACUGGCCUGAUAAGAACCAGGCUUGUGAGAAUGGACACUUACCACUUUAUUCUUCUACAUCUGUACCUACAACAAUUAACACUAUUGGAACUAGCACAACCACAAUUCUCUCAGGCCAGACGCAACACAGCCCUCUGAAGCGUUCAGUAUCUCUUACCCCACCAAUCAAUGUGCCAAAUCAGCCUCUAGGUCAUGGAUGGAUGUCCCAUGAAGACCUGCGAGCAAGGGGACCUCAGUGUAUCCCAUCAGACCAUGCUCCCCUCUCCCCACAGAGUAGUGUUGCUUCCUCGGGUAGUGGUGGGAGUGAGCAUCUUGAAGAUCAAGCAGUAACACGUAAUACAUUCCAAGAAGAGGGCAGUGGCAUGAAAGAUGUUCCAGCUUGGCUUAAAAGUUUGCGUCUGCAUAAGUAUGCAGCUCUAUUCUCUCAACUAACAUAUGAAGAAAUGAUGGCACUUACAGAAGUACAAUUAGAGGCACAGACAAUCAAAACGCUCAAACAGCAACAAGAAAAAAAUGACCAUGGUGAUUUUUUUAGUUCGGUGAAUAAUAUCGACCAGGACAUCUGA